AUGAGAGUUGCCAGUGCAGUGCAGUAUGGCAUAGAGCUACGACAUUCAGAAGCACGCUGUAAGUGGAUCAGAGAUGUCAUGGGGGUUCUUAAAGGUUGGCACUUGUCAUAUGCCAAUGUCCAUGAGCAGGAGAUCUCUCUGGCCAGUGCCCAUGGAACAUGCCCUGACGUAUUGGCACCUGGUUUCCAACAUGAAAUUCCUUUUGAGGGUAAACUGUCAGAAGAAGCAGCAGCUUGCACAGAGACAGCAGCAGAUAUUAAUGCAGCAACUGAUCAGUAUUCACGCAGUGAGAGUAGUAUUGUGGAACAAGAAAGAACAGUGCACCUUUUGGAACGAUUGCGAACCCUCGAGGCAGAGAACUCAGCCUUAGCCUUAGAAAAUGAGCAUCAGAGAGAACAGUAUGAACGAUGUCUUGAUGAGGUUGCCAAUCAAGUGGUACAAGCAUUGCUUACUCAAAAGGAUUUAAGAGAAGAGUGCCUGAAAUUACGCACUAGGGUGUUUGAUCUUGAACAACAGAAUCGAGCAUUAAGUGUUCUUUUCCAACAGAGAGUUCGUCUAGCCUCUGAUUCCCUUCUACAGAAACUUCACUCACGGAUUGUAGAUCUUUCAUCUGGGGACCUAUUCUCUAAUGCAGAGAGGAACAGAAGUCCAAUCCAGUCAAGAAUUACAGAGACUCAAAUUCAUGGAGCUCUGGAGAACAUCCCAACUAUUUUAAAGUGCCAGAGUCAAUUAAAUCUGCCAGUACCAAGUCAACUUUAUCCCAGGAGCAGCUGUAGCAGCAGUGAACUCUCUCUCUCAAGUGCCUGCAGUGAACAUUCAAGUGGAUCCUUUACUUGGAAUGAAGGAAAGACAUGCAGUAAGAGGUCUUCUCUAAGCUGGGAAAAAAGACUCAGUAUUGGCUCCUCACUUCCCAGCAAUCUUUCCAGUCCCGCUGAAGAACUACCUCCAAUUCGAGAGAAAGAAAGCCACAUCCUGGAAGGAUUAAAGAAGCUACAAAAGAAAAAACCUCCGUCAGAGUCAUCCUCAUUCGUGUCAAAAUGGGCUUACAAGGAUUGCAUGAACUCAAAUGAAGGGAUUUACUCUCUUGGCCUAAAAUGUCAGAAUCGCUGCAAGAUUAAAGAUCAAGCACAUUUUAAAGCUACCAAUAAAGACCUGUGCCUAGAGCAAAGUAAAAUAUUUGGGUAUGAUUCUGAUUCACAUGAUGAUCCAGAUGAUGACUGUGCAGCGAUCAUAACCACCGAAACUGAGGUGCCAAAUAGAGACUGCAAAUCAUUCCAUAAUAAACUAACGCACAGUGUGUCUGAUAGUCUGUUCAGUUGGGAUGGCAGUGUAAAAUGUGUUUCAGAAAGGCUUACACACACAAACUCAAGAGAAAUGCCUGAAAAGUUGACUAGUUUCGUCAGUAGCUUUCAGUCAAAUGAAAAACUGUGUACGAGCAACAAGUCACCUGCAAAGAAAUUGCAGUUCAAUCUGACCAAACCACAAAGUAAAGAUUUAACUAUCCAGCUAUCUGACACUGAAGAUAUUGAAAUGUUAGAUGAAGUGCAUCUGGAAUGCAAGGAAGAAAUAAAUCCUUCUGAUUUUGUAACAAGUUUAUUAACUGACAAACGGUCAGUGAGUCAUGCAAACUCACUCAGUUGCAAAAACACAUUUUUCUCAUCUGCAGAUAAAGAUGAAGGCCAUUUUUCAAGUUGCUCUGACAACAGGCCAAAGACUUUGAACUUAUUGAAAGAGAAUUGUCAGUCCAACAAGUCUGUAAAAACGUCAUCUGCUGAAUGCCUUACAAUAGUGUUUGAUGCUGAAGAUGGUCAGCCAAUUAAAUUUAAUUCCCAGCAGAUAGCAAGUGUCACUGUGUCUUCAAAUGAAACUUCUAGUCCAAUUGCUUUAGAUGGGAAUCACCAGCAAACUAUUUUUGCUAAAGAUGCUGCCUUGAUGACUCAAGGGCUGAUGGGUUGUCAAGGAGGAAGUGAUGCAAGGAAUUAUACAGUUUUAGAGUCAUUGCAAGGUCAUGCCGAGCAAAAACAGCUAGAAGAUCCUAAUGUCAACAAGACAAUACUUAGUUCUAGUGUUCAUACAGAUUCUGUAAACUCUGACAGGCCAUUGACACCAGAUAUUUUUCAACAGGAAAAAUUAUUGAAGCCAACUUUUAAUGCAGCCUAUAAAUCAAACUGUGUAUCUUCCCUGCAGACAUAUUCAACUCAAAAGCCACGUCUAAGCAAAAUACCUAGCAGAGGUAAAAGCUCGCUGCAGAAGGCCUCUAAACUAAACAGCACUGAUGUUAGCAAUACAUUUUCAACAUCUCCUUCUCUUAUCCAAGACAAGUCGCAAUCAUUAUCAAAUGCAAAACUUUCCAAGCAUUUAAAAAUGCCAAGUAUUAAUAUUAGUCACUGUUUAAAAGAUGGUUCUGACAUUCCAAAAUAUAACCCACAGCUUCCCCAAAACUCUAAAGUUACAUUCCACAGCGAAACAGAAAAGAGCCAUACCAAUAUGGUGGAAGGAUCUUUAUUAUCCAGAAGACAGAUGACAGAUCAUGGAGAACAUCCCACACGAGAUAAAUAUGAUCAUUUGAAACAAGAAGAAAUCAAUUCUCCAUCACCUCCACCCCCACCAGGGAGAUCUACUUCAUUACUAUUUAGACCAAAUUGUGAACGUUCGCUGAAUAUAAUGACAAAAACUGAAGUACCUAUUCCUGUUGACACAAACAAUGAUACACCUGCAUCUUUAAACACACAUAGGAUUACAAGUUCUGUGUCAACUUGUGUCCAAUUGACUAAAGAAGUACAAAGUCAGCAAACUCAGAAGGCCCCAGAAGUGGCUGAUGUAUGCAGUUCCCAUCAUGAAAGAAACUCGUUUCAAAACUCAGUACAACAAUCCCAGGAAUCAAAUGGAGGCGUUAAAGAUUUGACAAUGGGCUGUUUUGAAAAGCGAUAUCCGAAAGCAAAUUGUUCAAGUACUUCCGCAUCAGUGAACAUUCAACCUUGUCCUCAAACCGCUGGUAAAGCAAUUAGAAGUUUAGCAUGCAUUCAUGCAAACCAAAAGCAUCCAUCUCUACAAAAUACCUUCUCUGCCAACGCAGUGCAAUUAUGUGAAAGUAAGUUGAUGUUACAAUGCAAACCAUCCAAUGUUUUAUCAACAUCCUCACAGUGUCAUGCCUCAGAUAUAAAUGAACCAACAUCUCAGCCAUUGCCUUCUGGUCUGUCAUCUCCUUGUCCUAGUAAUAUUUACUACUCUGAUGAAAAAAACUUGAAAACUCGCAUUCCUGUUGGAUUAAAAGGAUUUUUAAAGUCUCCCCCAUUACUGAGAAAAAGUUCAACUGUACCCGGGAAGCAUGAGAAAGAUACUAUUAAUAUUUACUCAAAGGGAAAUAUAAUUCCAGUAAAAUCUAAGCAGGCUGAUAUAUCAAAAAAUAUAAAAUCUCUAGAACAACCAGAUUCAUUAGUUGACUUCAAGAAAAGUGGUGACCUUCAAGAUGACCUUGUUGUUAAAGUAGGUUUUCCUACAGACUUUGAGGAUAAAAUGAAACCUGAUAGACGCAUAGCCGAUGGGAAUGAUGUUGACAGCAUAGAAAUUAAGGCAUUUAAGAGGUCAGUUUCAGCUAAUAGCAAACCAAACCUGAAACCAGCCCUAGGCAUGAAUGGUGCCAAAGCUCGAAGCCAGAGCUUUAGCAAUCAGACUGGGGAGAAACCUUUUGUUUCAAUGGUCGAUGGGCCAGGAAAGGUGCGAACACAGAUAAUUACAAACACAACAGAAAGAGGCAAUUCACUGACAAGGCAGAACUCUACCGGUGCAACAGAAGCAAUGCAAACAAAACCUGCCAAUAGUUCAUCAGCUACUCAAAGCCCUUCACAUUCUCCAAGAAUAGGGGAUUUUUCCUAUUCACGCCAAGUGUCCUAUGGAAGUGUAAGCAGCUCCAGCAGCCAUCACAGCAGUCCGAGCAAGUUACCUUGUAGAACUCCACCAAAGGGAGAUGGCCAUCUCAGUUCUUUUAAGUGUGAUGGCAGCCAGUCUCCACCUCAGAAAGAAGUUCAAAGUCUGCCUCUAAGUGAUAAAUCCAGUGAGAAAAAGUCCAAACCAAUGCCUCAGAAAGGGAAGACAGGAAAUGAGCAUCAAUCUUCACCGCAUAACUCUCCAUUGGAAAAUAUGAGCAAAUCACAGAGUCCCUCCAAAGUUAAUAUGGUAAAAGUUGUCAAGAAACAAGAGAACCUCUCAAAAAAGCCUGAAACUUCAGACAAAGUAACCAUUUCUACUCCCGCUUCUGGGACGCAAUGUAGCAUUGAAGCGAAAGUCAUGUUGGGAAUUCAACAAAAUAUGCAGAAGGUGCAAGGACAAGACAAGUUUCAGUUUUCAGAGAUAAAACAAAAGACUGGACCUUCGAUAGCCAAGUGGUUUGGGUUUCGGAAAAGCAAGUUGCCAGCUCCGAAUAACAAAAAGUCCGAUGCUUCAAAAUUCAAAGAUGAAAAGAAAGAAACCAAAAAUGGUUCAGAAAUGAAGCAAACAAAAUUUGACAAAAGAAAAGACAAAAGAAAAAAUAACAAAGCCUGUGACAAUAACGAAGUUAUGAAAAAAGAAACCAACUUUAGUAAAAAAUUAGAUGGUGCUGCUCCAAGCAAAAGUUGUGAGAUUGCACUGCAUGAAACACACAACAGUAGAAAAAGUGGCCUUGCAUCAAAACACCAUGGCUAUAAAGAUCAUGAUGUUCCAAUAAAAGAUUCAACAAAUGACCAGUUCAUGAAGGAGCUCCUGCACAGAGUUGAUAAGAAGGCUGUUCAUCAGAAGGAAAAUGGAUCAAAUCAUGUUUCCUGCGGGAACAUGUCUAAGGGCAACUCCCAUGGCUCUGUAUUUCCUAGCAACUCUAUCAGGGCUCAGGCAAACCUCGGAAUGAAUUAUAAAAUGAAGCCAGCCGCAGAGAUUCAAAGUGAAAUUCAUCAGGAGUCGCUAAUUGAUUCUGAGGGUGAAGGUGAUACAAAUCCACAUGAAAGCUAUGUUGAACUGUGGCAGCUGAGUGAUCCAUCUCUAGGGAACCCAUCUAAUUGGCAAGAUUUAAGUUAUGACAACCAAGGGAACCUAAAGAUUAUGACAGUCGCGGAGAGAAUAAAUGUGGAUCCAGAUAACGUCAAGGAAGCUAUCACUGAAUCCACAGGCCAAGAUCAAAUUAUAGGGUCCAGCUGUCAGAUGAGAACAUUGGACAGUGGAAUUGGAACAUUUCCCCUUCCAGAUUCUAACAACCGGGCAACAGGAAGGCAUGUUCCCAAAACAAGAUCCUACCUUGAAUGCGACAUUUCCUUAUCCCUGCAGGAAGCACCCCAUCUGAUCAACGCUUCUCAAAAAGCAAAAACACUUGAACGAGAAGUGCCUCGCAGAGCUGAAUACAGCAAUCCUGGGCCAGACAUGUUUGGCCAUUCAACAUCAGAUCCUACAGUGUCUGCAAAGGCUGUGCAGGCAUUUCAAAGUUGCCUUCCUAAGCCAUCUCCAGCAGGAUUCCUGCAGCCUAAAUAUAAAGUACAAGAUGAUGUGAACCAGCAUUGUCUUCCUGCCCAACUUCCACAUAUUUGCAAAAGUGAACAUUCAAACUUGCCAGAGAGAAUGAAAGAUUUCCAGCAGCCAGGUAGCUCUCGAGUGCUGGGUACACAGGGGCAAGCAAUGCAUCUAUGCUCACACUCUGCCAGUAACAGUGACAAUGAAACAGAAGCAGAAUUUGGGAUUAAUGAGACCGGAACUGAGCGUAAGGAAUUAUUCAACAAAAUGAAAAACAGCAAGCAUGAAAAUCAACAACACCAUAUUGACAACUACCCAUGCUUUGGAACUGCGUCAACAGUUAUUAGCUUCUGCCAGCAAAACCUAUACAUGCAUUAUGGAAAGGAAAUGCAACAAUUUGUUGUUAAGCAGUUACAUAGUGACCUAAGUAACAACGGCAAGGUUGGUGAUAUUCCGAAUAAUACCAAACAAGUGAAGAAAGAGGAGCCAGACACCAAGUUGUCCAGUCUGCCAACCGUCUCGUUCGACACCCUGAACAGGAUCAACUCCACCCGUCCGCACAUCACAGAAGAGGAGAAAAACUGCCCAACUAAGCCCGAGGCUGAGAAAGAGAGCGUUGGGAAAGAGGAAGACCCAUCAACAAGGUUGCCCGAAAAAAACAGUGUGGAAAAUCUGGAAUCACUUAGCGACUCUUUGUACGACAGUUUCUCAUCUUGCGCCAGUCAAGCGUCUAAUGAGGUCUAGGAGUCCAAGGUUGGACGAGCCGUGGGACACUUUGGCCGCCCAGCAGCGACUUUGCAGUGGUACCGUAGCGAAAAAAUGGUGCGGCCUGAAGGCGGUUAAGAUAUUCUUCAGACAGCCGAAUACAGUUAGAACUAAAACUGGGAAACGCUGCAUGAAUGAAUGAAUUUACUGAUUUUUAAUGAAGACAAUUUUGCACUGUAUAAAUCUGUUACUUUCUGUAAAUUGGAAAAUUUAUCUGUAGCAAAAUCACGAAAGCAAUAAAUGGCAAAACAAAGGUGCAAUCUUUGGCUCUCAUGUUCAGCUGGACAGUCUGAGAUCACAGGUUCAAGUUGAUUUAUUUUUCUAUGUCUGUUUUUUUGCGGUUUAUUUGAAUUGAAUUCCAAUAGGAAGGAACUGUUACUACUAUUGGAAACAUGAAAUGCGGCAUUUUUAAUAGUGCGCAUUAUCUUUAAGCAGUUUUUUUUUAAAAGGAUAAAACUUAUCAACUGCAAUAUCUGUGUGUAAGAAAUAGACGGACUCAGUCUGGAAGAUGCAUUUGUUAACUCUCAGGUGACUUGACACAUUUUUGAAAAAAAAAGAUUAACUAUAUUUCCCACCUCCUACGGGAUUUUGUCCAUUUUCCUGCUUUAGUUUUCGAAGCCAUGUCAGGGAUAUUUGUAACCUAAUUCUAGUGUGUACAUUUUAAAUGUUGAACUCCAUUAAGAGCACGUCUCCGUAACGAGCCGGCCGAACUGCUCUGAUCAAUUUCAACUUUCCCUUUUUAAUCGUUUGAACAACUUCGUCCUAAAUCCCAGCUGCAGUUGCAGUAGGCAAACCCUCCCUUCUUCACAAGAAAGUCCCGCUGCUCCGACUGGAGCUUCCUGCGUUUGAAGACAUCCCCACCCCACCUUGUUUAUUUACUGUGAGGCUUAUGUUCAGAGGUGUGGCAAAGGUGCCAGAUUUCAAAUGGUGUGUAUUUUUCCUCGCUGUGAGAUAUUUAUAUCUACUUUUGUACAUGGAAUUGUAAAGUAGUAUAUUUGAUAUUUUCUAGCGUACUGUACACAAGAUUUUUUUUUGGAUUGAAACGGCUGAUAAAUUGUACCAAGUGUAAAAAAAAUCCGAAAUCUGGCGGUACCAACGGUGUUACUUCAGUAUUCGGUGCAAUCUUAGAUGUUUAUGUUAGAAAUUGGUGUCAGAUUUUCAUCUAAGGACAUUGUCAGAAC